UGGCAACAGUAGCUUUUCCACAAACUGGACGUUGCGCGGAGAGACAAGUAUUUAUGUAGCACAACCUAAGAGGAGAGUCGCCUUAUGUGAUCAACUCGUCGUUUACAAGCCUAUUAUAUGCGACUUUGACGACGCUCACAUUAGAUUUUUUUUGUUGUUGUUCGCGAUUCAUCACUAGACGGAAUGCCCAUGUGUCCAGGUUGAAGUAGCUAACGUUAGCUACAGUAGCUAGCCUGGAGAGCUGUGGACACCGGGUCUGGCUUUUAUAGGCUAUCAUCAGUGGUUUGCAAAUUGCGUAAUGACUAUCAUUUAUGUAACUAUCCAGUUGAGCACAGUCUGACGUUGAACUGGUGUAUUUAGCUAUCUUAUUCGCAGUGACAUAACAUUUGCAGGGUAUGAACAGUUGGAAUAAGUGAUACAUUUCUUAGAUUUGCGGUGGGUGGAAAAUGGCUGGCUUGCUAGCUAGCUAGCGAGAUGUUUUUUUAAAAUGUUUUUCUUUCAGCAAUGUAUCACUACAACAACGUUAUUAUAGCAUAAACGUUGAGACACGGGAACAGUUGUAGCAAGUCAUCGCGUUGAUAUAAAUGUAUACAUUUGUGUCAAGUUUGCUAGUCGUGUUGGCAUGAACUGCCUGGCCCGGGCAUUUACAAGGUCAAUUAGAGAAAAAAGCUCGGAUGGGAAAGCCCAAGGUUAAUUUCGUAACGGGUUCAAUUUAUAUCUGUAUUUGUGACAAUGAUUUCCCUUUGUAGCCAAUUCAAUUGCAGUAAUUACAUUUGGUAACAGAAUCUUACGUUUUUAUCACCUAAUAAACCACAUAGCUAUCAGUAAAAAACGCGAAAUAGUUGGAAGGUUUUAGUUCACACAAGUAAAGGUAGAUUAUCAUCCCUGCAUGAGGGAGAGAAAUGAGAAAAUAUCUAAAGCUAUGUGGGUUUUUGGUAACAGAAUUAAAGGGAUACUUCGGGAUUUUGGCAAUGAGGCCAGUCAUCUACUCCUCACGAGUCCGAUGAACUCGUGGAUACCAUUUUUCUGUCUCUGUGUCCAGUAUGAAGGUAGUUUCAUGAUCCAAUGCUAACUACCGUUAGCGCAAUGAAUGGAAGUCUAUGGGUAUAUAGACUUUCAGUCAUUGCGCUAUCGCUAGUCAGCAAUUGUGCUAGUUAGGAUCUUCCUUCAAACUGCACGCAGAUCAAUAACAUGGUAUCCAUGAGUUCUGACUCUGGGGAAGUAGAUAAAGAGCCUCAUUGUCAAAACCCCAAAGUAUUCCUUUAAGGUCCAGGGCAAUAUUUCUUCAAUGUACACAAGGCAAUUUCUCAAUAACUAAAUAUAGAAUUGUUAUUAGUUGGCAGGGGUCUAAAGCAUUAUGUUUUGAUGUAUUCCCAGUACCUAUUUAAAGGGAUAUUUAGGCAAUGAGGCCUCUUUAUCUAACUCGUGGAUACCAUUUUUAAUGUCUACGUACAGCAUGAAGGACCUUGGUGGUAGUUUUGCGAGCCAAUCCUAACUAGCGUUUGCGCAAUGACUCGAAGUCUAUGGUAUCUGCUAUCAUACUAGCAAAUACAAUAGACUUGAAUGGAAAUCAAUGGUAGGGUUUCCCAAACUCGGUCCAAAAAUCUAAAUCUUUGCUUAUUCCUAAGUUUUAGGAUGGAAAAUCUUUGAAGUAGUUAUAUAUGCUGUAAUUUCUCAAAUAUAGACUCCUAACUUUCAUUUGACACCAGCUUUAACAUGCUCCCAUGAACUUCACAUGUGCUUUUCAAUUAACGGUGUGUUUUGCGAUCUCAACCCGCUUCAGAUGCUGACAGACUUGGGUGGGGCUGUUUUGGAUGACACGCAGUGAAAUAACAGAGCUAUAUCCUGAGAAGAUCUUAUCUACUCAACCUAGGGAUUCAGAACACAAUGACCAAGCCCGACUCAAAGAGGAGCAGCGUGGCUCUUGUCACUGGCAAACCUGCCAAUUCUGCAGAGGAGCAGGUCAAUAAUGGCUCAUCUGACCCUUCAGUGUCCGGUUCUCCCCACCACGCAUUGACCCCGGCGACUCCAACCAAACACAAAUCUGCUAAACAAGUCUCCCGAGACAACCUUUCUAGACGAAACACGGAGUCUGAAGUAUUCGACGAUGGAACCAACACCUUUUUCUGGAGAGCACAUACAGUCACUGUGCUUUUCAUUCUCACGUGUGUGUUGGUCUAUGUCACUCUGUUGGAGGAGACACCCCAGGAUACGACGUACAACACGAAAAGAGGGAUUGUGGCCAGCAUCCUAGUCUUCCUCUGCUUUGGAGUGACACAAGCCAAAGAUGGCCCAUUCACCAGACCACAUCCAGCAUACUGGCGCUUCUGGCUGUGUGUCUCCGUUGUCUACGAGCUAUUCCUUAUCUUUGUGCUAUUCCAGACGGUCCGUGAUGGGAGACAGUUCAUGAAGUACAUUGACCCCAAACUGGGGGUAGCCCUGCCGGAGAGGGACUAUGGCGGCAACUGCCUCAUAUACGACCCGGGGAACACCACCGACCCCUGGCAUAACAUCUGGGACAAGAUGGAUGGCUUUGUCCCCGCUCACUUUCUUGGCUGGUAUAUUAAGACACUUGUGAUCAGAGACUGGUGGAUGUGUAUGAUCAUCAGCGUGAUGUUUGAGUUCCUGGAGUACAGUCUGGAGCACCAGCUUCCCAACUUCUCUGAGUGCUGGUGGGACCAUUGGAUAAUGGAUGUGCUGGUGUGUAAUGGCCUGGGGAUCUACGCUGGGAUGAAGACCUUAGGCUGGCUGUCUAUGAAGCCCUACCAGUGGCAGGGACUGUGGAACAUCCCCACAUACAAGGGGAAGAUCAAGCGCAUGGCCUUCCAGUUCACACCCUACAGCUGGGUCAAGUUUGAGUGGAAGCCUGCCUCCAACCUACGCAGGUGGCUGGCUGUCCUGGGAAUCAUCUUCAUGUUCCUGCUGGCGGAGCUGAACACCUUCUACCUGAAGUUUGUGCUGUGGAUGCCUCCGGAGCACUACCUGGUGUUGCUUCGCCUCGUCUUCUUUGUCAACGUGGGUGGAGUGGCCAUGAGGGAGAUCUACGACUUCAUGGACGACCCGAAGUUCUAUAGGAAGCUGGGGCAGCAGGCGUGGCUGGUGGCGGCCAUCACCGUGACAGAGUUCCUCAUCGUAGUCAAAUACGACCCCAGGACCAUCAUGCUGCCCAUCCCCUUCUUCGUCACCCAAUGCUGGUUCCUGGGCAUCGUCCUCAUCCUCAGCUGGACAUUGUGGCGCUUCUUCAUCCGUGACAUCACUCUCCGCUACAAAGACGCUCGCCGACGGAAGCAGGAGGUCACAGGGGACUGCGGCCGUCCCCAUGGCAACGGUGGCACGGCAACCCCGUCGGGACGCAGCAAACUCAACGGCAUCUCCGAGUCUCUCCGACACAGGAAGUCCUGAGAGGCGGAGCCUGCCGCUGGUAGGGGGUGGGGAAAGGGACAAAAAAAAGAGAGCCGCAAAGCGCUGCAGCGCCAUACACACGUAGGGUGCCUGGAUCACAAGUGUAGAGGUGUGUCUGGGGGAAGGGGGAUGUUCUUGUGCCUACCUGAACAGUGUCAUAGUCAUUCCUGUGCUGGCUUUUCACUGUUAACACUAAUCACAGAACAAAACACCGAACAGGGAUUUGGGGUUGUGGUGUCAGCUAGCUAUCCCAUACUACAGGGAUUUACCUCAUGUACGUUCAUUGUGUAAUCGUGCUGGGAACUUUACGGGGCGAUUUUAUUAUUCUGUUAUAUGUUGAAAUUUAAUUGGGUCCAAAAUUUCUUUUUUUGCAAAACUGGGAUCACAAAGGGUUGGGACAGAUGAUGGAUUUUGUUUUCACCGUGGCAGAAUUAUGUUAACUUAAAAUGUAAUCAGGAUGAAGUAAGGGUUGGGAGGGAGAGGAACCGAACCCCCCAAGGGGCCAGCAAGCAUACUUACAAGCUAAAUAACAGCCAAAGCUUUGAACAAAUCCCUGUUCAAGCCAUUUUCUGCUAAAGCAGGGAUUCCCAAACUCGGUCCCGGGACUCCCCUGGGUGCAUGUUUUUUCUACACAGCUGACUCAAAUGAUCACCGUUUGAUGAGGAGUUGGUUAUUUGAAUAAGCUGUGUAGUGCUAUGGCAAAAAACAGAACGUGCACCCGGGCGGGGGGGGGGCAGGGUCGCGUUUGGGGAAACCCUGCGUCUAAACCAUUUGGGCUGUGCCACUCAACCUGCGCUAGGGCAAUUAAGUCCCAAUGCCGUGGAUUGCAAUCGUUAUAUCCUAGUAACAUGUGGUAAUGAUGGCUGUAACAUGACAGACAAUGGUAUUCAAACCAAAUUGGAUGCAAAGGAGGGAUGCAAAGCUGGCCAAAACAAGCUUUAAAUACAGAAUGAACAUCUGUACAAUUCUAAAUAUUCUUAAAGAAUGCAGGGCACACAGCCAUUGGAGAAAUGUGAACAAUGUCUGACACACCUGUAUUUAAUUAGGCUCUUUAAUGUCUUAAUUAAUCACACUGGCGUCAUUCAUGGGAAAUGCGUCUCAGAAUAGCCAAAAGCCAGGUGACGGGUAACAAUUAGUGUGGGCUUUGAAGUUGAAGUGGUAGCUACAGUAUUAUAUAACCCUUUGGCCCUCGCCGCACUGUUCAUCAUGGGCGACUAUCAAGCCUAGAUGACAUGAAGGGACUGAGAGGUGUCCACAUUGUGGAUGUUGGCUACAGACUUAAUCCACUUGUGUUGGUGAUCACCCUCCCAAUAAAUAAGGGAGGAAAAAGCACAUCACAAAGAUAAGACUAAAAUGGGCAGCCUUUGCACUGCUCAGGGCUCAAUGGUGACUCUUGCUGGGACAUGAACUUCGGCACCUUGAUUCCAUGUGUAAUUACAAGCACCAUCCAAUGUAAAAUAACUAGUUGUGAGUCGCAAUAGGUAUUUGUGUGUGUGUCACUGGAUGGAGAGUAGAAGACUUGUGCUAAAUAGUUCCAAACUGCCUCAUGUGACCUAGAACAUGCUUAAUGCCAUUUAUAAUAUAUUGUGAAUGUAAACCAGCAGCUCUAAACCUUAAAAUAAGGUGGCUUCUCAUUAAACACCAAUUAUUUAACAUGUUAUGUGGUGGUUAUAAACUGGGCUGUAGUGCAACGUAGAAUCAGAGGAGUUUGCCAUUGAAGUCUAAAUGUAUAUGUAUAUACAUAUGUGUGUAUAUAUACAUAUACAUGUAUAUGUGUAUUUAUGUAUUUCUCAAAGGUUUCCUUUUUUUAAAUUGUAAUGCUUUUCCUCUCUCCUUCCAGAAAUGUUUCUGAAAAUUAUGGCGUAUUUGUGUGUGUAUAUAUGUCUGUAUAUAUAUUUGUAUGUGUACAUGAAUCUAUAUACACAAACACAUACACGCAUAUAGAUAUAGAUAUCUGUCUCUCUGUGUCUGUCUGUGCACAGUACCAGUCAAAAGUUCAGACACACCUACUCAAGAGUUUUUAUUUUUACCAUUUUCUACAUUGUAGAAUAAUAGUGAAGACAUCAAGUUAUGAUAUAACACAUAUGGAAUCAUGUAGUAACCCAUUUUUGUUUUUUAACAAAUCAAAAUAUAUUUUUGAUUUGAUUCUUCAAAGUAGCCAACCUUUUCCUUGACGGCUUUGCACACUCUUGGCAUUCUCUCAACCAGCUUCACCUGGAAUACUUUUCCAACAGUUUUGAAGGAGUUCCCACAUGUGCUGAGCACUUGUUAGCUGCUUUUCCUUCACUCAGCGGUCCAACUCAUCCCAAACCAUCUCAAUUUGCUUGAGGUCGGGUGAUUGUGGAGGCCAAGUCAUCUGAUGCAGCACUCCAUCGCUCUUCUUCUUGGUCAAAUAAUCCUUACACAGCCUGGAGGUGUGUUGGGUCAUAUGUCCUGUUGAAAAACAAAUGAUAUUCAGAUGGGAUGGUGUAUCUCUGCAGAAUGCUGUGGUAGCCAUGCUGGUUAAGUGUCCCUUGAAUGUUAAAUAAAUCGGACAGUGUCACCAGCAAAGCACCUUAUUUACGGUGGGAAAUACAGAUGCAGAGAUCAUCCAUUCACCCACACCGCCUCUCACAAAGACACGCCGGUUGGAACCAAAAUCUCCAAUUUGGACUCAUCAGACCAAAGGACACAUUUCUACCGGUCUAAUGUCCAUUGUUUGUGUAUCUUGGUCCAAGCAAGUCUCUAAUUCAUAUUGGUGUCCUUUUAGUAGUGGUUUCUUUUCAGCAAUUUGACCUUGUGUGAAUCAGGCCUUCAGUCUCCUCUGAACAGUUGAUGUAGAGAUGUGUCUGUUACUUGAAGCACUCUGAAGCAUUUAUUUGGACUGCAAUUUCUGAGGCUGGUAACUAUAAUGAACUUAUCCUCUGCAGCAGAGGUAACACUGGGUCUUCUUUUCCUGUGGUGGUCCUCAUGAGAGCCAGUUUCAUCAUAGACCGAGUUGGUUUUUGAAACUGCACUUGAAGAAACUUUCAAAGUUCUUGAAAUGUUCGCAUUGACUGACCAUGUCUUAAAGUAAUGAUGGACUGCUGUUCUUGCCAUAAUAUGCACUUGGUCUUUUUCCAAAUAGCCCUAUCUUCUGUAUACCACCCCUACCUUGUCACAACACAACUGAUUGGCUCAAAGGCAAUAAAAAGGAAAGAAAUUCCACAAAUGAACUUUUAACAAGGCACCCCUGUUAAUUGAAAUGCGUUCCUGGUGACUACCUCAUGAAGCUGGUUGAGAAAAUGCCAAGAGUGUGCAAAGCUGUCAAGGCAAAGGGUGGCUAUUUUGAAGAAUCUCAAAUAUAUAUAUAUAUAUAUUUAAAUUUAAUUGCUUGACAGUUUUGGUUACUACAUGAUUCCAUAUAGUUUUGAUGUCUUCAUUAUUAUUCUACAAUGUAGAAAAUAGUGAAACAUUAAAAAACCUUGAAUGAGUGUUUUUAACUUUUUACCAGUAGUGUGUGUACAGUGCCUUUGGAAAGUAUUCAGACCCCUUGACCUUUUCCACAUUUUAUGUUACGGCCCUAUUCUAAAAUGUAAUUUUUUUUAAUUUAAAAAAAAAAUCCAUCUACACACAAUACCUCAUGUCAAGGUGAGAAGUUUAUUUUAUAUUUUGCAAUUGUAUAAAUAUAGAAACGGGUGCCUUGUUUACCUAAGUAUUCAGACCCUUUUCUAUGAGACUCGAAAUUGAGCUCAGGUGCAUUCUGUUUCCAUUGAUCAUCCUUGAUAUUUCUACAACUUCAUUGGAGUCCACCUGUGGUAAAUGUUCAAAUUGAUUGGACAUGAUUUGGAAAUAUAAGGUCCCAUAGUUGACCGUGCAUGUCAGAUCAAAAACCCUACCAUUAGGUCGAAGGAAUUGUCCGUAGAGCUCCGAGACAGGAUUGUGUCGAGGCACAGAUCUGGUGGAAGAGUAUCAACAAAUGUUUGGAGCGUUGUAGAUCCAAGAACACAGUGGCCUCCAUCAUUCUUAAAUGGAGGAAGUUUGGAACCACAAAGACUCUUCCUAGAGCUCUAGAGUUCCUCUGUGGAGAUGGGAGAACCUUCCAGAAGGACAACCAUUUCUGCAGCACUCCACCAAUCAGACUUUUAUGGUAGGGUGUCCAGACUGAAGCCACUCCUUUAGUAAAAGGCACAUGACAGCCCGCUGUCAGACCAUGAGAAACAAUAUCUGGUCUGCUUGAACCAAGAUUGACCCUUUACUCAGUACUUUGUUGAAGCGCCUUUGGCAGCAAUUACAGCCUCAUAUCUUUUUGGUAUGAUGCAACAAGCUUGACACACCAGGAUUUUGGGAGUUUCUUCCUCUUUGCAGAUCAUUUCAAGCUCUGUCAGGUUGGAUGGGAAGUGUCGCUGCACAGCUGUUUUUAAGUCUCUUCAGAGAUGUUUGAUCAGGUUCAAGUCCAGGCUCUGGCUGAGCUACUCAAGGACAUUUAGAUACUUUUCCCGAAGCCACCCCUGCGUUGUCUUGGCUGUGUGCUUAGGGUCGUUGUCCUCUUAGAUGGUGAACCUUCACCCCCAAUCUGAGGCCCUAAGCGCUCUGGAGCAGGGUACUUUGCUCUGUUCAUCUUUGCCUUGAUCCUAAUUAUACUCCCAGCCCUUGCCGCAGAAAAACAUCCCACAGGAUGAUGCUGUCACCACCAUGCUUCACCGUAAUGAUGGUGCCAGGUUUCUUCCAGACCUUAUGCUCGGCAUUCAGCCCAAAUAGUGCCAUUUUGGUUAUCAGACCUGAGAAUCUUUAGGUGCCUUUUGGCAAACUCCAAGUGGGCUGUCGUGCCUUUUACUGAGAGAGUGGCCAGACGGAAGCCCAUCAUAAAUGCCUGAUUGGUGGAGUGCUUCAGAGGUGGUUGUCCUUCUGGAAAGUUCUCCCAUCUCCAGAGGUACUUUGGAGCUCUGUCAGAGUGACUGUCGGGUUCUUGGUCACCUCCCUGACCAAGGCCCUUCUCCCCCAAUUGCUCAGUUUGGUUGGGUGGCCAGCUCUUGUAAGAGUCUUGGUGGUUCCAAACUUCUUCCAUUUAAGAAUGAUGGAUGCCACUGUGUUCUUGGACCUUCAAUACCGCAGAAAUGUUUUAGUACCUUCCCCAGAUCUAUGCCUUGACACAAUCCUGUCUCGGAGCUCUAUGGACAAUUCCUUCGACCUCAUGGCUUGGUUUUUGCUCUGACAUGCGCUGUCAACUGUGGGACCUUAUAUAAACAGGUGUGUGCCUUUCCAAAUCAUGUCCAAUCAAUUGAAUUUGAUCAAUGGAAACAGGAUUCAGCUGAGCUCAAUUUUGUGUCUCGUAGCAAAGGGUCUGAAUAUUUAUGUAAAUAAGGUAUUUUGUUUUUUUUAUUUGUAAUACAUUUGCAAAAAUGUCUAAACCUGUUUUUCACUUUGUCAUUAUGGGGUAUUGUGUGUAGAUUGUUACAUUACAGCCUUCAUCAAUGUGGAAAAGGUCCAGGGCUCGGAAUAGUUUCCAAAUGGGGGGGGGGGGGAGUGUUUCUAAAUUGGUUUCAGAACAUUUUGCCCCCUUUGAAUGUGCAGGCUGCCUGUACAAAGUACAAAAAAAAAUGUUUAGCUGAAGUAUCCCUAAGUCUGUACCUGUUUUCUUGUACUAUGUUAUGUUGGAGUGUCUUGAAGAUGACACUAAGAUUUUUUUUAAAUUAUUAUCAUUUUAGACGUGAGCCCGGGAAUUCAGUCUACCGUGCCCGUUGCGAAGGAUCAGGAUUUCGGGCCAAUUCUAUUUCAAUUCAGGAAACUGAUGAUGAUGAUGAUGAAAUUCAAAGUAUUGGCUUGAUAAUUGUUCAUUGUUUUCUAUGUUUACUUUUCAAGCUGACUGCACUGAAAUGAGAUUGAUCCCCAAACCUGCUUAUUCUCCAAAACCCGACCCCCAAGCAACAGACCAGAGUCUGGUUUCAAUGAUGGGCUCUUUUGGCAUAGAGGAACUAUGUCACUGCCUACAUUGAUACGGGGGAGAUCUGGUGACUCUCCCAACAAAUCACGAGGCAGACAUGCCAAAACCUUGUGAAGCAAAGGUUGCAGCCAAAAUCUAUUUUGUAUUUUAUUCAAGUGGGUAAAGUAGUGGCAUAAGCAGUGAUGUGGUUCCCCUAUGCCAAAAGAGUCUGCCAUUGUAACCAGAACUUAGUCAUUGACCACGUUUACAUGCACACCAAUAUCCUGUUGUUUUUCGUGCAGUGCGCAGGCUCAAUCUUACAAAUCAUGGGUGUUGUGAUAUUUUCAUUUGAUUUGUCAAACAAAUCUCUUCCAAAAGGUAGGCUAACUGCACAGUUCGUACGACCAAAAUAAUUCAAUCAUUCAUUUAGCUGAUUCUCCGUACUGGACUCGAGAUUAAUAAAGAAAGUAUAUUAAUAUUCUUCAUCCUUGUUCCCAAGACAUUUGUUGUAUAAUUUUACUGCUAGUGAUAGUAUUAUAUGACACUGCAUGUGAGAGGUUAUAGGCCCUACUGUCAGUCUGUGUUUCUGUUACAAUUCCAUUUAACCUAUAACUUAAAUGAGGAAUAGUCCAUUUAUUCAUUCCAGAAUAAGACCUUAAGUGGGAUAUGAGCUACUAUCCGGAAAUACUGUGCCCAUGUAAAUUUGGUCACUGUGCUUCCUAGGGUUGGGUUUUUGAGACUAAAAUCUGUUUGACUUGCCUAGUUAAAUAAAGGUAAAACAUUUUAAAAGGCCUAUAGUGUGGUGUUGGGUAAGUGAAUUCCCACUCUUAGCCACAAGAGGGCAGCAGAUCCCUUCUGUCUCAGUCUCUCCCUGUGCGGUUGGUCUGAGGGCUGUUGAAGCCAUUUUCUACAGUUUGAAUAAAUGUGAACAUGUAAAGGAUAGUAAACAAAAAAUGAAAUGCUGCUGUAGCAUGUUAUUUUAUAAAGUUUUCAAUAAAAUCUAAUGAAAAAAUUUGAA